ACGAGCUCAUCGUGAACGAAUCUUGGAGGAGGAUGCUACUGGAGGCGGCCCACGGCAACAAUCACAAUCCGCACCAUCUGCUUCAGCCGCCCGUGCCCCACCCGGUACACCAUCCGCAUCAUCCGCUUCACCCGCAGCAUCCACACUCGCAGGCCGCAGCAAUGGUGGCGGCGGUACAGGCGGCUGCCGCCCUGACGGCGGUAAAAAGUGCAACGAACUUCUCGAUUGCGGCCAUCAUGGCCCAAGGUACGAAUAAUGCCACCAACGGUAGCAAUCCGGUCGGAAACACUACGGCUAGCAGUGAUCCAACACCGCCGGUUAACACACGGAUCGAGGAAGGCAAUUAUCGACCACGAUCCCGCACUCCGGAACGUUCGUCGGAGGUAGCCGAGGAGGAAAUCAACGUGAAUGUGGAGGAUUGCAGCGAUUCGGAAGAGAGCACGGAACAGCCGCGUGAAACACAUUCGCGCACGGCUUCCACACCGGCCAGCGUGUCCGAUGAAGAUCGUCUGUCACCCGAGAUCGCACAGAAAGCACCAAAAAUUGUUGGAUCAUGCAAUUCGGAGGAUCUACGGCCGGUGCAGUGUCAUCUAGAGACGAAAGAGCUGUGGGACAAAUUCAACGAGCUCGGUACGGAGAUGAUCAUCACAAAAACUGGAAGGCGUAUGUUCCCAACAGUUCGCGUCUCGUUUUCCGGUCCGAUGCGUCAUCAAACUGCUGCCGAUCGGUACGCAGUGCUGCUCGACAUCAUUCCUCUGGACAACCGUCGCUACCGUUACGCGUACCAUCGUUCAGCAUGGCUAGUGGCCGGCAAGGCAGAUCCACCACCACCCGCCCGGCUGUACUCGCACCCGGACACCCCGAUCGGACCGGACGCUCUCCGACGGCAGGUGAUCUCGUUCGAGAAGAUCAAGCUCACCAACAACGAGAUGGACAAGACGGGCCAGAUCGUCCUCAACUCGAUGCAUCGCUAUCAGCCUCGGAUUCAUCUGGUGCGGAUUGGUCCAAACCAAUCGGUCCCGACGAGUCCCGCCGAACUUCAGGAGCUGGAUCACAAAACGUUCGUGUUCCCGGAGACGAUCUUUACGGCUGUGACGGCGUACCAGAAUCAGCUAAUAACAAAGCUGAAAAUCGAUUCGAAUCCGUUCGCCAAGGGUUUCCGUGAUUCUUCAAGGCUUAACGACUUCGAUCGAGAUCCAAUGGAAUCGUUCCUGCUUGAGCAGCAUCUUCGAUCUCCGCUGCGGCUCUUCCCAGACCAGGUAAUGGCACAGUUGGGAGGCGGCGGGGGUCCACCCUCGAUGCACUCCAACGAUCCGUCCGUACUGCUGGAGAAAGCACGCCAACAGCUCCAUCUCUGGGGCAAUCCUUCGGCCGCCUACAGUGAGCUAAUGCUGCAGCAGCUUUACCAACAACGGCCCAACUUUGGUCUCAACUUUGGCCCACUCUGGCAAAGCCAAUGGCCAACCCAGCUACCCCCAGGUUUCCUGCCCAAUGUAGCACCCCCGCCGGCCCACACACCGGCCAUGCAGGGAGUGGCUGCUGCUGCUGCUGCCGCUGCCGCCGCCGCUGCAGCCGCCGCCAACUCUGGCGGCGGCGGUGGUGGUGGAUCCAGUUCCUCAUCACCAUCGGCCGCCCCGCCAUCCGGCCCAUCCGUUUCGCCGGAAGUGCGACCGAAAUCAUUCGCCCGCUUCACACCCUACCAGAUUCCGCAGCAUCCUUCCUCGCCCGCACCCAACAACCACCCGGGACAUCCGCACCAUUCGCCUGCCACCCGGUCCGGGUCACCCGGCUCGUCUCGAUCUCCUUCGCACUAA